GUCAGGGUACUCUUCUCCAAAGGGCCUUUUAUUUCCGUUUUUGCCAGUGACCCCCAUAUCAUCAUCAAAGCUAUCAACCAAAACCUCAACAGUGUGCUGAGAGACUCCAACAUCAACGGACACGACUACAUGAGGAACAUCGUCCACCUGCCAGUAUUCCUCAACAGCAGAGGCCUCAGCACGGCCAAAAAGCUCUGCACCGCUGCCCCCGUCAACGGAGAGCCACUUCCUGCUGAGGGAUGGCAUGAAGACUUGGACAGGAAGAUGUCUCAGACCAGCAUGGACCAGGCCAAGUUUGGCAGCAAGAACGCCCUCAACCGCAGGGACACAUACAGGCGUCGGCAGAUGCAGAGGACCGUCACGAGACAGAUGUCCUUCGACCUGACCAAGCUGCUGGUGACUGAGGACUGGUUCAGCGACAUCAGCCCACAGACCAUGAGGAGGCUGCUCAACAUAGUCUCCAUUACAGGUCGUCUGUUGAGGGCCAAUCAGAUCAUCUUCAACUGGGACCGGCUGGCCUCUUGGAUCAACCUGACCGAGGAGUGGCCUUACAGAACGUCAUGGAUCAUCCUGUUUCUGGAAGAGAGUGAGGGAGUGUCCGACCACACUGCUCUCAAGACCAUCUAUGAGAG